CCAUUCCCCUUUCCCUUCCCCUUCCCCUCCGGCAGGAUGGCCUCCCCGCGGGAGCUGACCCAGAACCCGCUGAAGAAGAUCUGGAUGCCUUACAGCAACGGGCGGCCCGCCCAGCACGCCUGUCAGCGCGGCGUCUGUAUGACCAAUUGUCCUACGUUGAUCGUUAUGGUGGGUCUUCCAGCUCGUGGCAAAACGUACAUCUCCAAGAAAUUAACACGCUAUUUAAAUUGGAUUGGAGUGCCCACUAAAGAAUUUAACGUGGGCCAGUAUCGAAGAGACUUGGUUAAGACCUAUCGAUCUUUUGAGUUCUUUCUUCCUGACAACGAAGAGGGCUUGAAAAUCAGAAAACAGUGUGCCUUAGCAGCACUCCGUGAUGUCAGACGGUUUCUCAGCGAGGAAGAUGGGCACGUGGCAGUCUUUGAUGCUACCAAUACCACUAGGGAAAGAAGAGAUACUAUUUUUACAUUCGGAGAGGAGAACGGCUACAAGACAUUUUUUGUUGAGUCAGUUUGCGUCGAUCCAGAAGUCAUUGCUGCCAACAUUGUGCAAGUGAAACUUGGCAGUCCUGACUAUGUAAAUUGUGACAAUGAUGAAGCGACUGAAGAUUUCAUGAAGAGGAUAGAGUGCUACAAGAACUCUUACGAGACUCUGGAUGAAAAUCUAGACAAGGAUCUUUCCUAUAUUAAAAUCAUGGAUGUUGGAAGGAGCUAUCUUGUGAAUCGAGUGAUGGACCAUAUUCAGAGUCGGAUUGUCUACUACCUCAUGAAUAUCCACGUGACUCCUCGCUCCAUCUACCUCUGCCGUCACGGAGAAAGUGAGCUAAAUCUAAAAGGACGGAUAGGAGGGGACACUGGCCUGUCACCAAGAGGGAAAGAGUUUGCAAAGAGCUUGGCCAGGUUCAUCGAUGAGCAGAACAUCAAAGAUCUGAAGGUUUGGACAAGUCAGAUGAAAAGGACAAUUCAAACUGCAGAAGCUUUAGGAGUGCCUUAUGAACAAUGGAAGGUUCUGAAUGAAAUCGAUGCGGGAGUCUGUGAAGAAAUGACAUAUGAAGAAAUUCAGGAACAUUACCCCCUUGAAUUUGCCCUGCGAGAUCAAGAUAAAUACAGAUACAGAUACCCCAAAGGAGAGUCGUAUGAAGAUCUUGUUCAGAGACUGGAGCCAGUGAUAAUGGAAUUGGAAAGGCAAGAGAACGUUCUAGUGAUCUGCCACCAAGCUGUGAUGCGCUGUCUUCUGGCCUACUUUCUGGACAAGACUGCAGAACAACUGCCUUAUCUCAAGUGCCCGUUGCAUAAUGUCUUAAAGCUAACCCCUGUGGCUUAUGGUUGUAAGGUGGAAUCUAUAUUCCUGAACGUCGAAGCUGUGAACACACACAGAGAUAAGCCUGAGAAUGUAGACAUUUCGAGACCUCCAGAAGAAGCCCUUGUAACAGUCCCUGCUCACCAGUGAACCUGUGUCCUCAUCAGCCAUGAAACUUGUGGUGCUGUCUUCAUCUUAGUCCUUAAGCAAAUACCACCAUUCUGGUGCCAUUAAAAUUCAUUCCAAAUUCAACUUAUUGCAACUUGCACGUGAAACUUAGAGCUCUAAAGGAUCAGUCUAAGUGUGUUGACUAAUUCUCUGUGAAAGAUUAGAAGUCAUUGAUGGGCUAGAAUGCCGUUUGCUGUUCUUGUAAGCUUUUUGUAAUCAUUUGGUCUUUCCACUCGAGUUUAGAGUCUAUCAUCCAGUAGCAAGUGUGCCUUUUUUUUGAAGUAUUAUACUCUGAAAGCUGUGAAACUUAUUGGGCUUCUUGUGAUAGGCUAGUGUUUUGUGAUUCUCUGAGAGUGUGAGUGGACUGCUGGAAAGAGCGGAAACCAACCACAACUUGUUCAUUGAUAGUUGUUUCUGUUGAGAUCAUGCCUGGGUUCUGCCCGAGUUCGAAGUUCAGCAUCCUCCACAACUCCCAGAGUAGAGCAAACCCUGGGAGCGACGAGGUCGCUGUCUGAGUUGUUUUGUGUUCAACCGUUGUUCUAGUGAAGCUGAAUUUCUUUUAUGUAUCAUGCUUGGUUUUGAGACAGACCGGCCCCGGUGAGCCAGAUGCUUAGUCCAGCUCUCCGAGAAGAGGUGGCAACUAAAAGCCUGUUCUUUCAGUGCCAGGAAUUAAGAUAGAAAUGUGCGUGAAAUAACUAAUUUGAAAUGCUCCAUAGUUAAACAGGAGCCUCCCCUAGUGUUCUUCCCCAAGGAAGAACUGCUUUAUGUUGCCCUGUAUUAGUGAACCACUUGACCUGUGCAUGGAAGAUAUUGAUUGUGUCGAGUCCUUGCUGAUUGUACACAGCACUUCAUGCCUGUAUGUAGCCCAGGGAUGAAUGUGUGAUUGUAACAUCAGUCAGAAAAAUGUCUCCUGUCCUAGGGACCCCUCUCAAAAGGAGUUAGUUUACAUUUCCUGGAGGGAACGACCCAGAGAGCAUGCUGUCUUCUAGGCGGUGUCCAUGAGGUGUUGUGGUUUCAGCCAUGUACCUACUUUGUGAAAAGAGCUAGCUGCUCUUUUAAUCCGUGUCCUGUACGGUGUCUUGCCCGUGGUUGGCAGUCCAGACCGAUUAAACGGUGGAUUACACGGCAGCGGGAUUGCACUUUUGCAAACAAGUACAGAGAUUUACUCCUUGGAAGCUGAAUAAUACAAUCAAGGAAGUCCCACCUGGCCUAAGUGAGUGGGCUGAUCCUUGACCAUGUGUAAAACUACUCUAGAGAGACCAAAUUCCCAGGUUCCAAAUGACACAGCCACAGUUCUAGAUAAGAAUAGAUAGCAGUUAGAUAAGUACCACCUUUAGCCAGUAUCCCCCCAGAGAACAGCACUCACCCUCCCCAAGGCUUAGGCCAGGGUUCAGCAUCGACUUUGAGGGGAUGACUACCUGCCCCCAAAUCACCUUUGCCACCUCCUCCAGCUCCUGGCCUAUCUACUCACUUCCAGUCUAAGCCUGCCGCUCUGUUGCUGGAGCAUUGCCUAGAGGGUUGCUUCAAGGAAUUUUGAUUGCUGAGUUCCCAAAGCAGAUUGCUGAGUUCCCAAGGCAAGUUGGAGUGGGGCAUCUUGGAACUGGGCCAUCCUGCCAUGGGGAGCUGGGCCGGAACCUGAUUGUGCAUUUCCCAGUAGUACCUGCCCUGCUUUUGGCCUGUGCAGAGGAGAGGCUGGACCUCACCCUGUCAGGAGUGUGGAGACCAGACCGCCAUUUUACCACCCGAUCAGGGACCGCUUUGGUGGUUGCUGAGAUGGGUGGAGAGUAGCCAUGUGGGAGGCCUGCUCAUAUUGCCUGCCUCUGGGUCUGGGCUCAGCCACCUGUGUGUCUGAGUCUGUGGAGCCCCCGGAGUGACCGAUGAUUCCACACCAACGCUGAGGACGUUGGGAUCGGUGAGGUGGGUUGGCUGAAGAGCUGUGAGCCCAGAGAAGGAAGAGCAGGGCCUUCUGAGUUUGCAACCACUCCUGGUCUUUUAAAAAGACCCUUUUGUUUUGCACUCUGUUGCCUCGGUCUCUUCUGAGCCGAGCAGCUAAAAACAAAGCUGGAACUGUUUCCUCAGUAAUGCACCCUGUUACCCUCACUUUUGUUAAUAAUGCCCUAUCACAGCUGUCGUUGAAGUCCUUGAGGUUCUGUUGUCUGAGAGUUCAUUUCAGCCCAACACCUUUUCCAGCCUUGGUUUGUGGGCAGGUGGAAAAUCCUACCUGCCUCUGCCUUGUCUACCCAAAUAGGAAAACAAUUUUUUUAAAAAAAGAAAACAAACUAAAAAAGCCCAUAAUCUUAACAACUGGCUCAGAGACUGUGGUUCUCUGCAGAGCCGGGCCAAGGAUUGAACGGUGAGUGAUUUCAAGCUCGAGUUGUUUCUGGAUUGCAUUGUUGGUAGUUUGGUCCCUUAAAACUCGAGCUCUGCUUUUUCCUGUUUGUGUCAGAUGUUCUCCAGACAGAUCCAAUUGGAUCUUCGAGCUGACAGAAGCUCUAAUUUGCACUAUGUAACAGUGGGGAAAAUGGUUUAUUUGUAUAUAGAGAACUAUAGGAGCUGAUGCUUGAAUUUACUGGGUCAUUUAAACCCCAUUUUGAAGGCCUGAACGGUUGGAAGAAGAUGCUGAAUUUCCUUCCUUUUAAAUAGCUUUCAGAAUAAAUUUAAGCCGGGGGUAGACCCUUACUCUUUGUAGCAUGUGAUUUAUAUAUAUAAAAUGCAGUUUCCUUGACCAAUUUAGAAGAGAAAUACUUUAGACUAGAAGGAACUGUGUUGUUUGAUCCAAUGUUUGUUUGUGUCAAGUGUCAUGGGAUUGUGCCUUGUGAAGCACUAUCUCUCUGUCUGUCUCUCCUCCCUUCUCCCCCCUUCUCCCCUCCCCAUCCUCUUCCCCCUCCCCCUCUCCCUUUCUCUUUCCCUCUCUUUUUUUGUAUUAGAAGAGUGGGGGCUGAUGGCUGCCAGACUAUAAAGUGGGUGGUUGCUCAUCUCCCCCUCCUCCUUUUUUUUUUUUUCCUGUUGGGUUGGACUCAGAGUCCCCAAAAGUCCCGAGGGGCCCUGAAGGCUGCACCAGGUGGAUACCUUCCCUACUCCAGCUUCUCAGUGAAUUGGAUUAUGCCCCCAUCAUUAACAAAUAGGAACAGGAAGGGUGUGUGUGUGUGUGUGUGUGUGUGUGUGUGUGUGUGUGUGUGUGUGAGGGAAGGAGGGAUGGGGUGGGGGCCAGACAGAGAAGUUUGGAGCAGAUUAGGAGCUCAGUUUGGAACACCAUGGGCCAAGGAGGAAAAGCAAGUAAUCUUCCUCCUUUCACAAAUAGUCUUGAAAAGUACAGAUCCACAAUCAUGCCCUUCAAGACAAUCAUCAUCAUCAUCCCCAUUGCCCCCAGGAAUGGCAAUCCUUGCUGUGGGCUGAGUACUCCUUGGGGAAUAUAGUGGGCAGGAUCUCUGGCCUCAAAGAUCUUGUAGUCUACUGGGAAGACCAGCAGACAUAAAUUGAGGAAAGUGAGUAGAUAGAAAUAGUAAACACAUGGAUAAAUUGAUCGUUGAACCCCCAAGAAACUCUUCUGGGCUACCAAUGACCUUUUCAAGGCUUAGCUGCCCAAAAACGUGGGAACUUGGUGAAGGUGGGGGAUAUCCACAGAACUGAAGUGGAACUGAUCCCUGAAUUCACGUGUUAAGUGUAUUUCUGAGGCGUUUCCCCUGUUUUCCCUGGUCUGCAUGGGCAGGAGACCCCUUUGGUUAGCAGCACCUGGGAUGUUGGUGGGGUCUUAAAACUGUUUUUAUUAACCAGGUUGGUGGAACGGUUCCCUCCUCACCCCCCAUGCCCCCUCCCCCCAAGAAGGGGCAAUACCAACGAAGAGUUUCUUGUCUGGGUCAACACCAUAAAGUGCUAAGUUAAUAUAAUGGGUGCAAAUGGUUGCUUCUCCAUGUGUACAUUUACAUGCUAUGUGUAUUUUAUGAUUUAAUUGCUGUUUGCCUUGGUGUUUUAUAACUAAAAUAGCUGUUUAGAAGCCAGAUGAAGAGAAAAAGAAGUAGAAUGGGAGAGGGGAAGAAAUACAGGAUCCUGGGAAUAUUUCCACCCAAUUUUUAAGUUUCCACUGGGGAAGCUGAGUUUUUAGGCGGAAUGAGAUAUUCCUGCUAAGGAUCUUUACAUCCACUCCCGUAAUAAAUGAAAAUGCAAACUUUGAUUUUUGCUUUGUAUUUUAGAUUUAGACAGCUGAUGCUUACGUAGUGAUUUUUUUAAACUAACAUUUCAAUGUUUAAGACAUUUUCAAUAUUUUUCUCCAACUUACAAUGUAACUGAAGCCACAAUAAGCUCUGUAUCAGCCAUUAAUUGCAAUAAAUGCUUUUUAAAGCUCAA